AUGAAGCGCGUCACCUUAGACCCACCAAGAGGUAAUGAUGUUGAGUUGGUUGCUUGGAAAGAGGGAUUUGAUGAGCCUGGUGCUGAACAUUUUGACCACAAGAUUUAUGGCUCGAAAAAGUGGAUCGGAACCACUGAAUGUGCUGCCCUUUUACGCUCCUUUGGGGUCCGGGCAAUGGUGGUUGAUUUUGGUCCUAAAGAGUUGGAGUCGCUUUAUCUUAGUGUUCCAGGUUCAAGUGUUGGGGACGAGGUGAACGUUGUUAUGUGUAUGGGAGGAAAGAGGAGAGGGGUUGAAGUUUAUGGACCAAUGGAUAGGUAUGUUCUGAGAAAGAAUCAUAGUGUUCAUCAAGGAGAUUCCAGUGUGCAGGAAAGGGCUAGUUCUUCUGGUGUGCAGCUUGGUGGCUCUUUGGGUAGUGAAAAGAAUAUCACAAGAAAAAAUAGGGGUCAGCAGGUUCUUGUUGACUGGGUCUGGAAUUACUUUUCUAAUGAAAACACCACUAAACCCGGCAAUCGUUGUGUCAUUGUCAGUGAGAAAGCGCCCUUGUACUUCCAACAUGAUGGGCAUUCAAGAACUAUUGUUGGAAUUCAAAUCAAAUAUCAACGAAACGGGGUUCAGCAACAUAAUCUCUUGAUCUUGGACCCUGGUCAUAGAACUGCCGCCCUUGAAAAAUCGCUUAGAGAAAAUGUAGGAUGGCAGAAGUUUAUAAAGAGAGGAGUCCACACACUAAAAAAGCCGCAGUUCCAGUUAUGUUAUGUUGAUCCUGGAAUUGCUACUGGGGAGGAUAUGGAAUCGCUCAAGACAAUAAACAGUGUAUUUCUCGAAAUCUAGAAAAUCUUUUAUACUCCCGAUCAAGGUUAGCAAUUUACCACAAGGUUAAUGUGUGCAACUUGGUUGGAAAUAAGGUCCAGACAAGGUUUUCCAUAGCCGGGAAAUAUGUUAAUUUAUUAACAUGUAGGACAGUAAAAUAGAAAUCUAUUUACACUGUUUCUUUGAAGUUGGCUCAAGUAUGGGGAUGAGAUGGUGCAAGAACAAACGAUAAAAUCAGUUGACAACCAACGACAGCAAAGAUGGACUUCAGGAGCCACUGCCAGAAUUCAAGUCAAUUAUCUGUAACAGGAGGCAACUACACACAAUCUGAUGACUUUGGAAUUCAAGUUCCAGAUGCUGUUGAGAUUUCUCACCAAGUUUUAUGGCCGGAAUAGACUUCAAUACAGUCCCUCAUAUGCUAUCAAGUUUGUGUGGUAUCUGAGUUUAUGAUUGUAUAAAACCUAUGCGCAACUUCAUUUGUGUAAUUCUGGAUAGUAGGCCGCCACAGUUUUUCAGUUGUUUCUAAAGCACUCACAAAGGCUUUCUCAGACUUGGCUUCAAGAGCACUUGUUGCUUCAUCUAAGCAGCAAAAUAUCAGGCUUCUUUAGCAGAGUUUUAGCAAUGCCUAUUCUUUGCUUUUGUCCUCCUGAAAAUGGGCAGCUCUUCUCCCCAACAACUGCGUUAUAGCCAUCAGGCAAAUCACUUAUAAAUUCAUACAU